AUGAAUAUGAUAUCUCAAUUACAACAACAACAACAACAACAACAACAGCAACAAGUGCAACUUCAGCAUCGACAUCAUUCAUUUGAGAACAUCCCUGUGAAUAAAACUGGUCUAACACACUUUUGUUUGAAUUUACCUGAAAUAAGUUCAACAGCGGAUAAUUUAAACGGGUAUGCUAUACAUACUGAUGUAAAUGAACAAGUAGAAGUAAACAGAAAUAAUGAAACUACUACAAAUCUUAACAAUCAUGCUGAAUUUGAAGAGAUUCGACCGAGAAGUUGUGCUACAACACCUUCAUUUAAUAUUAAUACCACAUACAGUGAAAAUAUUAAAUCUACUGAAGGUAAUACAGCUUUAUGUAAUCUCAAUAAAAAUAAAAUUGAUCAUCAAAUUAAUGAUGACUAUGCUAAAUCAAUAUCAUCGCCUAAUUCAGUUGCAUUACAUUCACUGCAUUAUACACCAAAUACUACUAUUACUACUUCUGAUAAUAGUAGUAUUGAUUUCAAUCAAGAAAUAUGCUACAAUUCCAAGUAUCCCAGGUUUCACAAUUCGUUAACAAAGUAUAAUGAUUACAAUCACACCAGAACUACAACAACAGCAACAGCAGCUAGUGAUGAAAAGAAUGGCAUUAAUGCAAUAGAACAAACGAAUAAUAAUAAUAGUAGUAGUAGUAUGGAUUUUAAUGAAUUUCAAAGAAAUGUCAAACAACUGAUUGACUAUGGGUUAAAUAAUCAUUUAAGGAGUGAGUACAACUCAACACAGUUACAAUCACUAUCUUCACAAUUGUCGACAUCAAACAGUAGGAUAAUUAAACAUCCUAUGAAUAAAAAUGAAGGUUAUGAAGGCGAUUUAAACAAAGAAGAACAAGAAGUCAUAGCAGAGGAUAUAAGAAAAGACAAAGGACAGAAUAUAAACGAAGAACAUGUGAAUUUAGUUAGUGAAGGUAUACUAGACUCAUUAAAUUUUAAAUUAGGAAAAACAAUAGAAAAAAUGGAUGUUCUGAAUCACCUACAAAAGCUUAGCAGUACAUCUGAAAUGAUGAAACCAUCGCAUAAUAAUUCAAGCCCUAUGCGACCAAAUUCAGCUUAUCCUUUUAACAAUUUACCUCAUCCAGAUUGUCCAUCUUCCUCAUCCUCCUCAUCACUGGCGUCAUCAACAUCAUCAUCAUCAUCAUCGACAGCAGUCACAACUACUGCUAAUAACACAAAAGAUUCUAGUUCAGAUCACACAUUUCCAUCUAAUAAGAAUGGAAAGCAUGAUCAUCAUAUACACCCUCAACAGUUAUACCCACAUCACCAUCAUCAAAUGUUGUCCAUAGAUCCCUCAGAGACUGGACUUCCGUUCGACCCGAUUACACAACAGAGUUUGUCUGCUGCUGCUUCAUCUUUUGUUAAAUCAUUAACCGGUUUUAAUUUUAAUAAUUCGACAACAGGUUUUCUGUUUCCUAAUCCACCAUUAGCAUCCCUGUCAUCCAGUUCAACAGCAAUAGGACCGCCAAUACAACAAUCACAACUUCCACAACCACCAAUACUAUUGAACGGAAUGGGUUGUUUAUCCAAUACAAUGCAUCAGCUACGAUCCACUUCACUGAAUCGUAACUCUUCAGCCACUAAUAAUCCAUAUACCCUAGGGCAUGAGAUUUCAUCGAGUAAUUUACAUUCACCAAGUAGUGCUGAUUCAUUACACUCCAUGUCAACAGAUGAAAGUCCUUCAUCAAGUGGAAUGAAACACACUUCAUUGAUUGCUACAAGCGGUCAUUAUUCAGGUGCAACGGUAACUACAGCUACAACAAAUUCAUGUCCGACACCAGCAAGAAGACGUCACCGCACAACAUUUACACAAGAUCAAUUACAAGAGUUGGAGUCAGCUUUUCAAAAAUCUCAUUAUCCAGAUAUAUACUGUCGUGAGGAGUUAGCAAGGAUGACAAAAUUAAAUGAGGCUAGAAUACAAGUUUGGUUCCAGAAUAGGCGAGCUAAAUACCGUAAGCAAGAGAAGCAGUUAGUGAAACAACAACAGCAACAACAACAUCAUGAACAUAGACAUCUUCAACACGUUCAGUAUAGUCAGCCAUUCCCUAACUUACGUAAUACAUAUAAUACAGUUGGUCAAGGAUCGCAUUUCCAACCCUAUGGCCAUUCAAGUAUUUAUAAUGGACCAACGAAUCUCUCAGGCAACAGUCAUACGUUAUUUGACAGUAGUGGUAACACUGAUAGCAGUAAUAAUGAUGACAAUCGCAGUAAUAACAGUGUUAACAAUGAUCAUGGCUUCGCGUAUUCCGCUUGUAUGUCAUUACCAAACAAUUUGAUUGAUACGUCUGCGCUUGGCAUCCCAUCAGGCUUAACAGGCAAUAAUGCUUUUAUUAAUUAUUAUGGUUCUAAUCUGCCUUAUAUGCCAAGGAAAGUACUCACUCCAGGAUUUAAUCCAACAUAUUCACCAUAUAAUCCACUGCAAUCUCAUGAUAAUAAUAAUAAUAAUAAUAGCACUUGCAGUGGUAAACGUAGACAUAUUUUCCCUCUAGCUAAUUCGCCUAUAUCUAACAACAUGGAGUUACCAUCAAUGUCAAUAAAUAAUAAUGAGUCAUUAGAUCAAACUGGUUCAUCUUCUUCACCAUCACUGCCCCCACCACCACCGUCUUUGUCAACAGUAGCAAAUUUUUCCAGCCACCCAGGCUCUCUUCUUACAGAUUUACCUUCUGGACCACUGAUGCAACGAGCUGCUGCGGCGGCAGCGGCAGCCGCUGUAGCUGGAAUAUGUCAUGCACACACCACAAUUCCACUGUCCAAUAAUCAGUUUACAUUUCAAACCUCAAAUUCAAACUUAAUCUCUGAUAUCAGUGGGAUAAAGUCUAAUUUCCCUAUGUGUUCAUCUCCUGGGCAAUUAUCAUCUCAUACACUAAGUAAUAUAGCCAGUCCAAUGAAAUGGAAUAAUUCGGCACAUGAAAACAGUGAGCAUACAGCAUUUGACAGUUCAAAGAUCCUGUCAAAUAUCAAUUCCUCGCAACAAACUGACAGUUUAUCCAGUGAACAAAAUGACUACUCUACACAACAUCAUAAUAACUAUAGACUGAACUUUUCAUCUAUGCCGUCAUAUAGACAUUUUAAGCGCCAAAAUAUUUGUGAAGAAUUAAAACAAACUGGAAGUUCACUGGAACCAAAUAUAAAUGUUGCAUCUAAUGACCCGUUUGUUAGUGAAGUAUGUAAUAGAAAAUCCCUACAACUACCACGUCAUCAACAUCAACUUGUUACAUCAGAUGAUGCCUGUGAAUUUUCAAAACAAAGAGGUUCAGACCAUUUUCAGUUGGAUACUGUACUUCCAUAUGAUAAUGCCAAUAAUAACAAUAACAGCACACAAUUUCUCAUUCCAUCAUUCUCUUCAGAAUAUACAAAUUCAAUAAACUCUAGUAUGAUAACUCUAGCCACUGAUAUAUCUACAAGUACACAUACAACUGUGAGCAGUAUAUUAUCAUCAAUGUCAUCUUCAGUCGAUGAUAUCAUUCAUCAAGGGUCCACAUCCAACAUAAACACACUGAGUAAAAUUUCAAAUUUAGGAAAUUUAACAAAGAUGAAUACUAAUUACAGUCAUUAUUGUGAAGUUGUGGAUGGUUCUAAGAGUAAUCCAAUAGCAACUAUAUCAAACCAGGAAAAUUCAUCAACUCUGUCAUCAGUAUCCUCCUCUUCACCUUCAUUAUCAACCUCGUCAUCAGGCAAUCGUUUAUUAGGAUGGAAUACUCCACAGUCGCACUUUACAAGAAAUCAAAUUAAUAACAAUGGUAAUAUUAGUAGUAUGUAUCAUAAUACUGCAGAAACAUCUUACAUAAAUACUACAAAUGAAGCAAGUACAGCAAAUGGACAAUUAGAGUAUGAAGGAAGUAACACACAUUGUAAUAAUACCCCAUCAAACAACGAGUGUGAUAAAUCAAAUGUCUACAAUAAUCAAAUAAAUGAGUUCAUGCAUUUGAAUGAAGCCAAUCCGUCAUCCUCACCGUCCAGUAUGUCUAGGUUUAUGCCAAAUACAGAGAUUGAAAGUUCAUCAAUAUCUGAUGAGACACAAUCUAAUUUAACAACUAUUCCAAUCAGUUCAACAAAUUCUAUAUUUUCAAAUCGCUAUUCACAAUUGGAAAAUUCAGAAGACUCAACACCUUCAGAAUGGUGUAGAACAACAAGAGAUGGAUUUCAAGGCAUACACUCAAAUCAGCAUUCUAACGGUAUCAUCAGUUCAGUACUUCGAUAUCGAAUGUAACAACCGACCAUUAAAUGUUGUCCUUUAUAAAUAAAAAAUAAACUAAAGAACAAUUGUGUUUAAAAAUGUAACAAAAAAUACAAACAAAUAAAAUCAAUGAACAAAACUGAAGGUUACACAAAAAGGAAAUAUAAUAAAUUUCCAUAUUGGUUAAUACUUACACAAUAUAAGUACAUACAUAAUGACCAUAAUAAUGUUAAAGACAUGUUGACGAUACUACUCAAUUUCUAG